AUGUAUUAUCAAGCCAUCACAAAAUUCGGAGACUACUUCGCACUGCUGAAGAAUGUAUGGAGCAUGAUGGUUGGUAUGGUCCCAUCGAUGAUGGCGAUUUUCAUUGUGCAAUAUAUCUGGAUCAUAAGGAUAUGGACUGUCAACCAUGGGGAAAAGCGGACUUUCCUGGCCGCUAUACAAGGCACAAUUGUCCUUGUUGACUUCGGUGUUGCAUGUGGGUGGGUUGGUCAAACAUGGACGUCGGAGGAUAUACUCAGCUCGAAUCCAUGGUUGGCUCUUGUUGCAAUCAUGCUCGUCACCUUCACGGAUCUUGUCAACUGCUCGACCCUCACAUAUUUGCUCUGGCGGACGAGGAACGGCCUCGUAAGGUAG